AUGGCUGAAAUAGUACAAAAUACAAAUCUUGGUACGCGUCGUAAAUUAGAAUUACUUCUGCAAGAAAUGGAUACAAUAUGUCGUGAAAUAAUUUCACAAUUAUAUAAUUCAUCAUCAACAAAUAAUAAUUUUGAUACACAAACAUUAGUUGAUAUGUUUAUUGAACGACAAAAUUAUUUAACACAACAAAUUCAUGUUGUUCGUGAACAACAAGAAUUAGAAAGACAAUUACAAAUGAAACGUGAUGAAAUUCUUAAAUGUGAUCGAGCAUUACGUUGUUUGCAGACAUAUUUAUUACAAGCGGUACAAGUACUUUCAUCGGCAGUCUAUCAAGCACGUGAAAAAUUAGCAAAUAUUCGUCGCGCUAAAACGUUUCCUUCGGAGACAAUUAUUCGCUAUGCACAUCAAUUAGCAUCAUGCUAUUCAACAAUAGCACCAGAUAAUUGGCAACAAGGGGAUAUUCGACGACCAUAUCCAACAAACAUUGCUAUGAAUCGUGGUCUUCUUGGCCGCAUAAGUGAACAAACAUUACAACAACAACAGCAGCAACAGCAACAAAUGAAUAUGCAAAAUUCAACAAUUAAUUCAACAACAGUUGUUAAUGCAUCUACAACUCAAAAUGCAUCAUCAUAUACACCAGUUACUACAGCUGUACGACCACCGAAACAUGAUACCACAUCAUUUGCAUCGGAUAUUUUUUCAACUUUAAAUGAAGAAACAAAUGCAACAAAUUGUUCAUCGAGUGAUACCGAUUCUGAUGAUGAUUUAUUAUGA